CUGUCAAUUGUACCGGCACAGUGAAUGUUACAAGCUACUCUGAGUUCAGGCGUCUUUUAGAUUGGUGAAACUCUAAAAUUUAAUCUGUGUGCACAUAAUUGUGCGAGUGUAUAUUGGCAUACAUAUAAAUCUCAAUACACCGAAGAGACGAUGACACCCUUGAAGCACAUCUGUUCAUUAAUUUUACCUCUGGCGGUUUUCCUGACUCCUAUGUACGUCUCAGCUCAAGAUGCACAUUCUUCUCCGGCAUCGACGUCGGCUCUCCCGGAGGAGGCCGGAACAUCGAGCUCAAAGGAAACACAUGAGCUGGGCGGCAUCGAGAGGCCAUUCGGCCUGUUUAGUCGGCUCUUCAGAACAUUGUUUCAAAUCAGUUUACAUGACUUAGCUGAAAUCCAGAGAUACUUACACAGGAAUAUCUCUGGUUUCACAACUGAAGCAUGCGCCGUAGAGGAAAAUCGCGGGCCCUGUGUCUACACUUAUGCUUACGACGCCUUCAUAAACAGAAAUGAAACCUGUUCUAUAUAUACAAUCGGAAAUUGCAAAAACGAGAUCAGAAGGUACACAGACAGGGGCUGUGUUCACAGGUGCAAGUUGGUACCAGCUAGGAAUUCUACAACAGAAAAUGCAGCUACUGCUUCAACUCCCACCCAUGCUUGAGCCUAAUGCUCAAGGAGAUUUUACAUGUGUCCUUACUGAUGUAAUAUUGAUGAAACUGUGACUAAUGAAAUUCAAAGCAAUGAGUAAGAGUGAACUGUAUAUUUGACUAAAUAAAAGUAUCUUAUAAAUAAAUCAAUUAGUGGAAUAUUUUGUUAUUUUCUUAAUGUUAUGUAUCAGACAGACCAUACAGUACUAUUUUACAAGUGUCCAUAUAACAAAGUUAUAAUAAACAAAUGAAUAUUA